AUGGAAGUAUCCGGACCGAAAAGGCGCAAACCGCUGCGUACCUUACCCAGCCAACUCUCCUCACCCGAAAAGGAUGAUAUCAUAGCAAGCACGGUUGAGAUAUCGUACGAAGAACAGCAUUUAAAUUAUAGCCGCGAAGGUAGUGUGAAUCGUUCCCAAAAUACGUCCGUGCAGGAGAAAUCAAUCGAUCCGGGUGUUGCUGACGAAUGCACUGACGACGAUUCGGAACCUAGUCCGGAAAGGGAACGAAGUGUUUCGCCUCCUGUCUCGCGGGAAGAUAUAGAAAACUCGUUGAAGAAUUCCAGUAAAAAUCGUUCUGAAAAAAUGUCUACAAGGCGCAGAUCACCUUCAAACUUACAGUCCAACGGUCUUGAUUCCGACGUUUACACCGACGAUAUGGACCCCAUACCAGAAAACGAACCUACCAAGCGAAGAAAGAUACCGCCAUUGCGAAAAGCAUCGAUUUCUCCGGUUCCUGCACCGUUUUACAUGGAAUCCCUCCAAAAGCGGGAAACCACCACGAGCGGGAAUGAAUAUAUUGCCUAUGGAGUAAUAGUCGCUUUUUUGCUGUUAGUGCUAUUGGGCUACUUACAAGCCGACUUAAGAACAAAAGCUGCAACCAGUUGUAACCAUUUCCACGCACUCGAGAAACGCUACACAUCGUUCGAUGAAAGUCUUUGGUAUACAUUGAAUGCAACCGUGACCCGGGCAACGGCUGAUGUUGAGGAGCGUGAACCAGGAACCGUUCUGUUUCUUCACUACGGACGCACGGUUAUGCUAGACGGAUUUAUCAACAGCGUAUCAAACAUAACGGCCGAAUGUUUCGGUGGCAUGGAACCGAUCAUGCUGGAUGGGAAAUACUUUAAGCGGACGGACAUACAGGCGGACUAUGGCGUGUUUCUGGCACAGCAAAAGGAAGCUUUAAGGCAGCAUGGCGUACUGGUGGUGCGCAACUUGGAGGAUGUGCCGGCACGGGCGGCUCAAGCAUUUCAUACCAUCUGCGACACCCAGGAACCGUUGGUGGAUAGGGCAGUUAUUUAUCUUACGCUGGAUAUGUUAAAGGCUGCCGCCAAGCCCACACCUAGCAAACAGAGUGCUACAGCGGAGGCGGAAAAGUUGCUGCAUGAGUUGUGGAAAGAUGCGUUACAACCGGCGGUGCUACAGCCACUAAUUACCCGGCUAACAGAAAAUGUGUUUCGUAUCUUGUGA